CGUGAGGACGUGCCGAAGUGUUAAUAUUCGAUAUCGCGUAGUUAAGUGUGACGGUGUAAGAGGGCUGCGGUCAUCAUGGAGGGUUUCCUACAUCACAUGGCACCGCAGUUUCUGCAUCCCGCUCUGCAAAGUUUUGGCUGCGGUGCUUUUCGACCUAUAGGGGGUGCUUUUCACCCCCUUUAUCCCGGCAAAGCAUUUGCCAGGCACCUCGGCGAGCAGUAUGCUCUUGGACAAAGCGUUGGACAGGCAUUGAGGAGCGUCCGCGACGAUAACAGCACUCCGCCGCUGUACCGCCAUAGCUACACUGUUCGCGAUGACACCAGCUCGCCAGGCUCGGCCGCAUCUGCCUCGCCGCGACCCUGCAAGGACGAGGACCCACCCGCAACCGUCGCAUGCACUGACUCGCAUGAAUUGUUUUCACCCGACGGCGAGCGGAAGUCCUCGUGCGGAGUGUGCGGCGCUCGCCUGGGACCCGGGGUGGCCCAGGCGCAUUUCCUGCAAGAGUUGCAGCACCUCUAUAGCUUGACUGCGAUACCGCGCGACGCGUCUGCUCCGUCGCAUUCCCUUCACCACCAGGAUGAAGAUGCCCGUUGGGAGACAUACCAACGUAUACGAGCAAACCGGCAAAGGCGGCUAAAGCUCCGUACUCGCAAGCGCCACCACACCGUGGAGAGUAUGCUGGGGUACGACCUUGAUGACGAGAGGCGCGACGAACGGCCCCGGGAGUCCCGCACCUAUGACGCCGAGGACGAGCCCGUGGACGUAGAGGGAGAUUCCCUCGGGUGGCCAGAAGCGGCGAUUAACAUCGAUGAAAAGGGGCAACGCAGUGAUGGAGACAAACUGCAUCUGAGUUACACUGAGGAUCUCGAGAUAUCGAGCACCAACGACACUAUGCAGUCGCCCGAACGCGUGAGGAUUGAGACACCAAAGCCGUUGUCUCUGGAGUGCACGAAGACGGAGAGCGUGGAGCGUCCGGCUGAAGUCAGCACAUCCGAUUGGUCUGGCGCCCCAGACACCUGGCCCGCCCUGGCUGACGCUUACGCUCAUGCCCGCCACAAAAUCGACGGCGAAAUGCCUUCUUCGACUAACUCCCGAAACUAAGAUCUCAAAAUUAUUCUAAAAUCUAUUCGAUCAAUAAUGAUAAUUAUAAUUGAAGCGUAAAGGGAAUAAAGA